AUGAAGCCUCAUCACGGUGGAGCUUCUGGUCAGACCACACCCAGCCCAUAUCAGCUGCAGACUAACACCACCACAUUCGGUCCAGGAGAUCACAUCCAAGUCACCCUCUCAGGAACAUCAUAUUUUGAGGGUUUCCUGCUUCAGGCCAGAGAUGCGACCCAAACACAAUCGGAGUCUGCCAUCGGCACCUUCACCCUGACCAAUCCAACCAGGACGCAGCUGCUCACCUGUAACAAACAACAGGGUUCAGCAGUGAGUCAGACGAGUGAUGCCAGACAGACGGAGGUUGUUGUGAUCUGGACUGCUCCUCAGAAUGCUCCCACAGAGGUUCAGUUCUUCGUGACCGUAGUUGCCCACUACAAAAAAUUUUGGCUGAAGGUGCCUGGACCAAUCAUCUAUCAGCACGGUGUCACUCCACACCCACAUCCGACCACCACUACACGUCCUCCAGUUAAACCGACUACGCCCUCAAUACUGCCUGGACCUUUCACCUCUGUGGGCUGCGGUCAGUUCAAAUCCUGCCUGCUGGACCCUCCAGGCUGUGAUCCAGAGGAAGAUCCUCACUGCUUCUUCAUGUCCAUGUCCACGGAGGGAGCAGACAAAACGAGUGUGAUCUUCGAGCUGAGUGGUCCAGCGGAGGGAUACGUUUCCUUUGCUCUGUCGUGGGAUACAUGGAUGGGCAACGAUGACGUGUAUUUGUGUGUAAAAGACGGGGACAGAGUAUCGGUCAGUGCGGGCUUCGUCAGUGGACGGACAUAUCCUGAGGACCAGUCACAGUCUGGUCUCUCCUCGGUGUCAUGGCGACUGGCUGAUGGAUCGAUCCAGUGCAGGUUCAGUCGACCAGUCAAACUGACCAACCGGGAACAGGCCCGCUUUGAUCUAGACCAGGACUACUUUCUGUUUCUAGCCAGUGGACACGCUGAGUACGGUGAAAUAAGGAAACAUGGACGCCAGCCGCUAAUCUCCAGUAACAGUAAACGCAUCACUGGUCCCCCUGAAGUCCUCAAAGGCUCCCGGAGUCCAACCAUUAUGAAAAUGCAUGGUGCACUAAUGCUGUUAGCCUGGAUGCUAACAGGAAGCAUUGGUACCUUCAUUGCAAGCUUCUACAAACCUGAUUGGCCAAAUCAGACUCUGUUUGGCCAGAAAGUUCAUCGAGGCCUGAUGACGCUAACUGUGACUCUGACUGUUGUAGCCUUUUGCCUGCCAUUUUUCUACAGGAAAGGUUGGAGUAAGCAUGCUGGUGUCCAUCCCUACCUCGGCUGUUGCGUUCUGAUAUUAUCUCUGAUUCAACCAAUAGCAGCCAUGCACAGACCACCACCUGACUCCGACAGGAGGUUUAUCUUUAACUGAGCUCACUGGAGCGUUGGAUUUGUGACUGAGAUCCUG